CGACUGCGUUAUUUCUAAGCCCUUGUGUCUCGACUUGAAAAUAAAUUGCUAGUGGUAUCACUAGACAAAAGUCGGAGCAGGAGGUUUUGCAGAGGCGGUAUCUGAUUUACAGUAUACAUAGAAAGCCGAUAUGCUAUGAACUUUUUUCGUGUACAAUAGUGAUAAUCAAAUUUGUAAAAAUCCGUCAUUUUCUUUUUUUACUGCUACAGUAAUUACAGCAUGACGUUAGUAUUAACCGCAAAGUGUAUUAUAAAAGCUCUAAAUGUAGUGAAGUGCACUACUGGAUUUUCAUGUUUCAUCACGACAAGCUAUAAAAUCAUCCUGCAUAAUAACAUGUCAACAAAAAAUUUUUCGUCUAGUAAGGAUAACAACUCCCACCAGGAAUUAUGCAAUAUCACUAAAACAGCUGAUCGUAAAAAAACAUCGACGUGUACAGUCAAAAAGCUGUCACAGUCUGCAUCGCCCGGGAUCUUUCCCGGCGGCAGAGGUGUACAAAGUGACGAGCUUUUAUUUCGAAAAAACAUACUCAUCUCAUCGAACAUGAAAAAUCUGAUCGCAUGAACCGUUUCCCUUUCGCGCAGGUUAUUAAAGUAGAAUAUAACAUCUCUGUUUUGUCGAUAGAGUAACUUUCCUCCGGAUUUUAGCAUAGCUGCAAGAACGAUGUUCAAAAAUCUUCAUUCGCAGCAGUACUACGGCCUUUUAGAUGUACGACUUUCACGAAAUUCCACUUAAAUAAGUAUCUGGUGCUCGACCGCUUCGCAUGAAAAUUUUCUGAGGCGCUAUGAGAGUGCACAACUCUCCCUCCCCUCGCGUGUAAGGCAUGAGCAGCAAUACAAGCAUCACCAACAGUGCAGGUCUUGCAUGACAAUUUUGCACAGGAUUGUACGCACUGUUUCGGCUGCUAGAACUUGUCAUGCAAAAAGUGCCACGAGGCAACGCAAUGUGUGGAGAUGGUAUACUUUUGCAUGGCGAACGAGAGGGACGUGGGGGGGGGGUUGUGCACUCUCAUACGCACAGUCGUGUAAUCAUAAGAAGCCUAGAAAAAGAAGGAAGAGUCUCAACACCAGCCUGUUUUUGGUUUCACCGUCUCACAAAGCAACAAAAUUCUUCGAAGAUGAGGUGCAGAAAUUCGGAAUUGAGUACAAAGGAUAAACAAUUCCAUCUACGGGGGCAACAAACACGGCAUAGUUCUUGCAGAGAAGAAAGUGUUCUACUUGCGUCCCCUAGAGCAACCUCCGUCAACAGCAGGCGAUAUAAGUAGUUG